AUGGCUUUACUUGACGUGAGUGGGUUCGGGGCUCAUUCGGACCUGCGGCUGUUCGGAGCGGCGCCCAAGCACUUUUUGGACCCGCAGAAUCACUUCACCUUCAGUGUCAAAAGGCAGGAGUUCGCGGUGCCCGUGGGGGUCGAUCCCUCCGCCUUUCUCAGGUCAUGCAGCCGUGAAGGAGGGGUAUCCAUUGACCUGAACCAUGGCACCACCACUCUGGCCUUCAAGUUCCGCCACGGGGUCAUCGUCGCUGUGGACUCCAGAGCAUCAUCUGGAAGUUACAUCGCUUCAAAAGAUGUAAACAAGGUGAUUGAGAUCAACCCCUAUCUGCUGGGGACGAUGUCGGGAUGUGCUGCUGACUGCCAGUACUGGGAAAGACUGCUGGCUAAAGAGUGCAGGCUUUACAAGCUACGGAACAAGGAGCGGAUCUCAGUGUCUGCUGCCUCCAAGCUGCUGUCCAACAUGAUGUGUGGAUACCGGGGGAUGGGUCUCUCCAUGGGCAGCAUGAUCUGUGGAUGGGACAAAAAGGGCCCAGGCCUGUACUACGUGGAUGAGAAUGGUACUCGUCUCUCGGGUAGGAUGUUCUCCACGGGCUGCGGGAACAGUUAUGCUUAUGGUGUGAUGGACAGUGGUUAUAGAGAAGAUCUCACAGUUGAGGAGGCUUAUGAGCUGGGACGCCGGGCAAUCGCCCAUGCGACACACAGAGAUGCCUACUCUGGAGGGGUCAUCAACAUGUACCACAUGCAGGAGGACGGCUGGAUCAAGGUGUGUCAGGAAGACGUCUCUGAGCUGAUACACAAAUACAGAAAAGGCAUGUUCUGA